UUCAUUUUUUAUAUCAACAAAUAUUAAAUGCCGAUCAUGACUUGUACUGAUAUUUUUAUCCAUGAAGCUGCAGUUUGUUUACAGCAAGCUGCAUUUUAGUUUUUGUCUAAGUGAGUGCGUGUAGAAAAAAUAAAAAACUAAAAGGGACAAAAAAAAUUGGGAAGUUAAGGCUUUAUUGAGGAAUUAUAUGGAGAGAUCUGUAAUAAAGAUAGCAUUUUUACAUGUUAUUUUGAUAGUUAAUGUAGUUAGAGUCAGAGGUUUUUACCAAAACAGACAGCCUUACAGAACAGCAUUUCAUUUUCAGCCCCCUAAAAACUGGAUGAAUGGUAAAUUUCUUGUUUUCGAAACAAAUUUCUCUUUUGUAUGGCUGUGUACUGUUUAGUGAUAGAAAUACUCUCUGCCUUCUUUGAGACCUAUUGAUUUUUUUAUAUAAAAUGUUUAUUUUUGUUUUUGUUUUUGCUGCCGUUGCUUCUUGGCACGUCCAUUGGUGUGUGUGCACGCUGAUCCACUGACUAUAUGGCUUCAAAGACCCAAAUGUCGAUCCCAAGAAAUCUUUUGCUUGAUAAAAGCGGCCAGUCCAAGAACUCGAAAAGCUUCGUGGUGGAAACGUUUCGUUUCGAAAUACCGCAUUUGAAAGGCAUUGAGUUAAUUGACGAUCCACUAAUCGAUCCUCAACUUUUAUGCGUUCGGAUGAAUGCAACAGUUAACGGUGUUUUUGGGCCGUUUGGUUUGUUUGUAUUGGCCUCAAAGGACUUGACAGAACAAACUGUCGUGUUUUUCCGGAUAUUUAAACUUAGAAGUAGCGGUAAAUAUGUGGUGCUUAUGUGCAGUGAUCAGAGCAGGUAUACUGUAGACCAUUCAAUAAUAGAGAGUUUUGGUGGAAAAGGGAAGAGUUGUAUUACUGCUAGAGUUUAUCCAAAGUUGGCAAUUUUCAAUAACUCUCACAUUUAUGCAUUUAACAAAGGCAAAGAGAAUGUCAUUAUUUCAAGUCUAAAUGCUUGGAGCAUGAAGAAAGCUCAAAUUGCACAAGUUCAUAGGAGAAGAAAGCCCUCAAUCAGUUGAGAUGAGAACAUAUCAUUGUCCACAAUCGUGCUUUUCACUUUGAAACGUUCAAUGCCUUUAGAUGGAUCAAGUUUUAAGAUAUGUCUUUUAGGCCCCAUUAAGUUUCAACUCUAUUGAUUUAUUUAUUUUUGUAUAAUAAAUCAUGGGGUGAGACCUAAGUGAUGAUGAUUAGAACAGUCUGAUAAAAAAAACAUUAAGUUUCAUUAUAGAUUAGAGGGUUUUGUUUCUUUGAGGAGAGUACAUUAGAUAAAGAAUUUCAAUGAAUCCAUAUAAAUUGGAUCUGAAAAUCCUUGUAAGAGUUCGAAGAAUGAACCCAAGCAAAUGUUUUCAAGAAUGAAGGAUUUUUACUUGGAUAUUGCUCGUUUCGGUUCUAGCUUACUUCGGUUUGGUAUUUUAACCUAACUCUAUAGUGCUCGGUUAUGUUCGGUUACUCAAGAAAGGUGC